AUGGAGGGGUUGCGGGAAUGCGGGCUGCCGGACGGCUCUGGUCAGCUCGUGGAACACCGAGAUGGGGACGACGACGAGAGUGAGUUGCCGGCGGCUGGCUCUUUGGCCACCAUCCUCAGCGUUCGGGCCGCCCAGACUUCCUCGACCACUUCCCCUGCGAAGAUGGCGGCUCAGGCAAUCGUUGUGGGAGGUGGCCUGGCAGGCGUUUCUGCGGCCAAUACCGUGAUGGAGUGGGGUGGCAAGGUGGUGCUGGUGGACAAGUCGGCCUUCUGCGGCGGCAACUCCACGAAGGCGACCAGCGGCAUCAACGGCGCCGAGACCCGAACGCAGAAGGAGAAGAAGGUGGAGGACACCGUGGAGCUCUUUACCUCGGAUACGCUGAAGGGUGGCGCAAAGAAGCCCGAGCUGGUGAAGGUGCUUUGCGGCAACAGCGGCGGCGACGUGGACUGGCUCGUGGACAAGUUCGAUCUGGACAUGUCCCUGCUUGCGCGCCUCGGCGGCCACUCCGCGCCUCGAACGCACCGCGGCAAGGAGCGCUUCCCAGGCAUGACCAUCACCUACGCCCUGAUCCAGAUGGUUGAGAAGAUCGCUGAGCGUAGCGACCUGGCCCGGAUCAUCAACAAGGCCAAGGUCAAGCAGCUCCUCACCAAGAGCGGCGCCGUGUGCGGCGUCACCUACGAGAAGAAAGGGAAGGACUUCACUGAGGAGGGCCCGGUGAUCCUGGCCACAGGCGGCUUUGGUGCCGACUUCACCGAGGACUCCCUGCUGGCCAAGUACCGGCCAGACCUCCUCCACCUCCCCACCACCAACGGAGACCACACCACAGGCUAA